AUUUGGUGGUUGGUUACAUAGAAUUUGAGAUUGAAGGUAGCAUAGCAUAGUGGGAAAAUGGCGGAGGCAGCAGUGACAUUCCUACUGGAUAACGUGCAGAAGCUGCUGGUGGAGCAGAUGCAUCUGAUAUCGGGGGCGGAGAAGGAGCUGAAGCAGCUGCAGAUCGAGCUGGAGCUGAUGAACGCCUUCUUGAUGGAGUAUGCCGACAAGCGGGAGAAGGGUCGGGUCUUCAUACAGUUCGAGAGGCAGAUCAGGGAGGCCGUCUACGAGGCCGAGGACAUCCUCGACGCCUGCCUCACCCAAAAGGCCCAAUCCGGCGCCACCACCAUUCGCAACUUCAUGCAUCUUGAUGAAUUGGCCAAGAAGGUGAACGAGCUUAGGCUGCAGCUCCAGCCUAUAUUUGAUCGUGCCAUUAAGGGCUUGAACGAACUCCCCAUCGCCCAUCCAUCUGCUGCGACCCCCGAUGACAAUAAAUUCAAAAAGACACAAUUGUUGAGAGAAGACAAUGUAGUGGGUUUCGCAGACGAGGAAGCCACUCUGAUGAAAUACUUGAAGGAAAAAACAGAGCAGCUCGACGUGAUCUCCAUCGUGGGAAUGCCCGGCCUCGGCAAGACCACUCUCGCCUGGAAAAUCUACCGCGACCCCAAAAUCCAAUUCGAGUUCCCCACCCUGAUUUGGGUGUACGUCUCUCAAGAGCUGAACGUGAGAGAGGUGUUCCUCACCAUCCUCAAGCACUUCACCCGCGAAGACAUGUCCGGCAAGGGGGAAUUGGAGCUGACCCAGCUGGUCCGCUCCCAUCUCGACAAGGGAAGAUUCCUGCUCUUCAUGGACGACGUGUGGAGCGUCGAGGACUGGCGACGGAUCGAGGCCGCCCUGCCCAAGAGCAACAAAUUAGGCAAGGUGGUGAUAACGAGCCGUCACAUGGGCGUCGCCACGCAGACGAACCGCAGCAGGGAGCCCCACAAGCUGCGGUUCAUGACCUUCGAGGAGAGCUGGGAGCUCCUGCAGUUAGAGGUGUUUGGUAAGAACAAUCCCAGCCCCAAGGAGCUCGAGGGGCUGGGAAUGCACAUAGCCAGGCAGUGCGGCGGCGUGCCGCUUGCCGUGGUGGUGAUCGGAGGAACCCUCGUCGAGAAAUGCGACAACAAGAGAGAUUGGGAGAAGAUCUCCGAUAGCGUGAGUAUCUACGUGCAGGAUGAUAAGCGCACCGAAAGCAUCAUCUCCCUCAGCUACAACAACCUCCCUCAUCACCUGAGGGAUUGCUUCCUGUACCUCGGGAUGUUUCCCGAGGAUACGGAGAUCAGCGCGUGGAAGCUCACGCGCCUGUGGAUCGCCGAGGGAUUCAUACAGCAGACGAGGGGGCGGAGCCUGGAGGAGGUCGCCGAGGACAGCCUCGACGACCUCGUGGCCCGGAACUUGGUCAUGGUCGAGAGGGCUAAGGCCAACGGCGACGUCAAGACAUGCCGCGUCCACGACAUGAUCCGGGAGUUCUGCCAGAACGAGGCGUCGUUCGCGAAUAAGAAUCUGUUCCAGGAGGUGAAGAAGAGGCGCCACGGCGUGUUCGACCCGGCCGUCACGGAGAUCGUCAAGCGCCGCCGCCUCUGCAUCUAUUACAAGUAG